AUGAAAUCAUUUUCAAUCCUCACAUCAAUUUUUCUCGUACUUAUUUCACCAAUAUUGAUUCACACAGCAGACAUAGACUUUAGUUAUACUGGAAAAACGGGACCAAUUUAUUGGGCUGAUUUAAAAGGAAGCAAUGAGAUCUGCCGCACUGGAAAACAACAAUCACCAAUUGAUAUCACUCAUGAAAAAUUCAAUACAUUUUCUAAACCUGAUAGUGUAACUUUUGAUGAUGCCAAGAACGUCGAAAUUGUAAAUGAUGGUCAUACUGUUCAAGUUUCUAACAAGGAACAAAUUUUGCCUGCUACAAUGAAGAUUGGAAAUGAAGAUUAUGAAUUGGCACAAUUUCAUUUUCACACUCCGUCCGAACAUCUUAUUAAUGAAGAAUAUUUUGAUGUUGAAGCUCAUUUUGUUUUUCAAACAAAAGCAGGAAACCUUUCAGUUAUCGGUGUCUUUUAUGAUGUCUCCGAUGAACAAAAUGACUUCUUGAAACCAAUUGUCGAUAAUCUUCCUCUUAAAAAAAACGAUAGUCAUUUAAUCGACUUUAUCAAACUCUCGAAGGUAUUGCAAGAUAUUGAUUAUAUGAACCAGACGUAUACAUAUCCCGGAAGUCUUACCACGCCUCCAUGCGGCGAAGGAGUCGUCUGGUGGGUCAAUACUAUCGUUCAGCCAAUCAGCUUAAGUCAAUACAGACAACUUCGUCACGUCAUGGGUUUUAAUUCACGUUUUACUCAAGAUAUAUACUUUUAA